AUGUCGACCGACGCUGCCAGCGCUCCAAUCCCGGAGCCUGCAACUGUGCCGGCGCAAGCGACCACCACUGCCGACCACGACCAGGAGGAACCUGCGCUUGGCCAGAUCGAAUGUGCGAAGCCCGCCUUCCUCCACUCGCCUCCCGACAGCAAUAAUGCGCACAAGUCGGAAGCCAGCGAUUCUGAGCUUAGCGACCUCGACGAGGAUGCCGUUGACCCCUCUGCGACGGCGAAACAAGAUGAGGCGCCCGUCGAGGACGACAUUGGCGAGGUCCUUCCCGACCACUGGUCCGGGACCGUCCCUGUCUUCAAGCCGACGAUGCACCAAUUCAAGGACUUUAAGUUAUUCAUGACCAAGGUCGACCAUUAUGGAAUGAAGUCCGGUAUCGUCAAGAUCAUCCCUCCCUCCGAGUGGAAAGAAUCCCUCCCGAGGCUCGACGACCUUGUGAAGCAAAUCAGGGUUAGGGAACCAAUCAAGCAAGACAUAAUGGGGUCCAAUGGAACAUACCGUCAAGUCAAUAUCCUACAUCAGCGAUCCUACAACCUGCCGCAGUGGCGGCAACUCUGCGACCAGAGCGAACAUCAACCCCCCGCGAGGCGGGGCGAGCGCCGAGCCAACGUUGAAAAGCCGAAGCCCCGAUCUGCUCCCAAGCCUCGCGCAGAGGCGAAGUCGACUUCGUCAGGUUCUAAGAAGAAGGGCCGAGGUCGACCGCGCCGCGGUAAGGCCAAGGGCAAGGGUCAGGACGAGGAGGACGACGCUCCAGAAGAUGAGAAGCGCCCAAUGACCCCGGUAUCACCCAAGCCCGACGCCGACGUUGAGGUUAAGAAGGAGGAGGUUGUCGACUCGGUGGAAGAUCCGGGAAUGGAUGUGGACGACGAAGAAGAAGAGCCACGCACCUUGGGUAGAAUGGGCCGUAUGGGUGGCGCAAGGCCGGCGAAGCCAAAAACCCAGACCGUCUCGGCUCGUCGGAAGUACAGCAAGAGAGAAGGCUCCGCUAUGAUUGAUGAAAAGGCAUUUGAAGAUUUCGACUAUCAGAUGGACGUGUCCGACUAUACGCCGGAGCGCUGCGAGGAGCUUGAGAGGAUAUACUGGAAGACCCUUACCUACGCUCCACCGCUCUACGGCGCAGAUCUCAUGGGCACGCUCUUCCACGAGUCGACGGAAACCUGGAACCUGAACAAGCUCCCAAAUCUGCUGGAUGUUCUCGGCACAAAAGUACCCGGUGUCAACACGGCUUAUCUCUACUUGGGCAUGUGGAAGGCCACAUUUGCGUGGCAUUUGGAGGACGUCGACCUCUACAGCAUCAACUAUCUCCACUUUGGUGCCCCGAAACAAUGGUACAGCAUCUCCCAGGCUGACGCCCGUCGUUUCGAGGCUGCCAUGAAGAAUAUCUGGCCUACCGACGCCAAGGCUUGUGAUCAGUUUCUUCGUCACAAGGGAUUCUUGAUUUCCCCGUCACAUCUGAAGCAGCACUACAACAUCACAGUCAACAAGUGCGUCUCAUACCCGGGCGAGUUUGUUGUCACGUACCCUUACGGUUACCACUCGGGCUACAACUUGGGUUACAACUGCGCCGAGGCUGUCAACUUCGCGCUUGAUUCGUGGCUUCCCAUGGGCAAGAUCGCCAAGCGUUGCGAAUGCGCCCAGGCACAGGACAGUGUUUGGGUCGAUGUGUACGACAUUGAACGAAAACUUCGCGGCGAGCCGACUCCCGAGUACGAGGAAACUGAAGAAGAAGAUGACGAGGAUGAUGAGGAUGAGGACGAGGACGAUGCCACUGGCCUUCCAUCACCGCCUGACAGCAAUGGCGUCGUCAAGCCAGCUCGAAAGCGGAAGCGCGGGGCUGGAGACAAAGAUGGCAAGAAAAAGGUCAAGAAAAUCCGGCUCAAGGUCAAGACGCGCGCGGAGCCAAUCUGUUGCCUGUGCCCCAACGACAUCCCCGGCGCAGAAAUCUUGCCGACAGACGAUGGCCGAAAGGCGCAUCGCAUGUGUGCCCUCUACCUCCCCGAGACGUACAUCGACACGGUCGAAGACAAGGAGAUUAUCGCCAAUGUUGCCAACAUCAACAAGGAACGCCUGGACCUCAAGUGUCUCUAUUGUCGAUCCAAGAAGGGCGCCUGCUUCCAGUGCUCCCAGAAGAAGUGUGCCCGUGCUUACCAUGCAACUUGCGCGGCAGCGGCAGGAGUUUUUGUCGAAGAGGCCGAAGUUCCAGUCUUUGGCGAGGAUGGCACCGAGUACAAGGAGCAAGCAUUCGAGUUCAGCUGUCGCUUCCACCGCACCAAGCGUGACAGGAAGUACGAUGGCGACGCCCUGGAGGACGAUGUCCGUAUCCGCGAGGGUGCGGCAGCGCUCAAGAAGGGAGAGAUCUGUCAGCUGCAGUAUUUCAAGGGCGACAUUUUUGCUGGCGUUGUGGUGGAGAACCGCUCGGACGAACAGACGCUGCUUCUCGACAUUAUUCCUAACGGCGAUCGUCUCGAGGUUGAAUGGAAAUGGCUGCUGCUGCCUGACCCGUCUGACUACCAUCUCCCCAAGGCAUCAGCCAAGGCUAUUCCGAUGCCAUCUUCACAGAAAGCUAAGGAUCAACUUAACGCGAAGCGUCCUGCCGACGAAAUUCCUCGCAAGGACGCUCCAUUCGUUGAGGGCUUCACAUGGGCAGAGUUCCACCCAUGUGACGAAUGUGCCAACCCAAAUCAAACCAAGGUUGAUCUGUCGAAAGACAACCAAGUCUGGCAUUACUUGGGCAAGACGUCGACGGAGGCGAAGGCACAGUACUCCGAGGAUCCCAUCAAAGAACUGCACAACCCCAAGAGUAACUUCCUUGACACCAUUCCCAAACCCCCUAAGCCUGUCUCUGCAAGCACGACGCACCGUAGGGUGUCAAACAUCCCACCUCAACCAUCACCCCUGUCUGCACCGGGACCGGCUGUCCAGAAUGGGCCCAAGUCAGAGAAGCCAUACGUGUACAAACCUAGAAAGCCUGUUGAAACCAAUUACGCCGGUACAGGAUCCUUCAGUACGCAGAAGUUCACGCCCAAAGCCUCGACACCUCCGAGCCCGAUGGGACAACAGCUGCAUUUCGGAUCGGAUCCCCGAUACCCAACAGCGGGAGCUCCAUACGUCCAGCAAAGGUUUACGUCUGAUGUCCAUCAGCAAUACGUCCCUCGCGCUAGUCCUGCUGGUCAAGGCUAUUAUUCGAGUCCGGGUGCGAUGCCCCGGCCAAGCCCGUACAGCGCACCGGGCCCGCAAACGACAGGUGGCGCGCGACCGGCGCAGCAAACAUGGGCGACGACGUCGCAGAGCCCCAGGCCGCAACUUCCGCAUGGCAGCUCGCAUGGCAGCUCGCAUGGCAGCUCGCAUGGCUCAGGUCAGCAGACUCACCGCAGAUAUUCGGCUGCGCCCACGCCUUCGGUUGCUAUGAAGUAUGCCUUCUUCCAGGUGCACCACAACAGGUUAGAACUCCCCAACGCCACCGUGCUCGUUAGCAUUACUCACACCCUUCUUAGAGACUCGAAGACAUACCGAACCCCAUACGCGCCAUGGGGCGGCUUCACCAACGGGUAUGAAGGUAAUUUGCGAGCUCAUCUUAUGCGGACGUCUCCAGAGGCCUUUUUCAAGAACCGACAAGGCUCCGUCCAAGGAGGUACCCCGACGCCAAACCCACCCGCACGUCCACAGGCACCAGGCUACAGUGGGCCGUACUACAACACACUGACAAACACAAUGCCGCAAGGCUCUAUCGGCAUGUACGGCGUGAAAACAACCGCUCCUUCGUACUCGUCGCCCGCACAACAGGCGCCCCAGGACGGCACAAGACCGCAAUAUCCUGCAUCAAUGUCUCCAUCUCCCGCAGCGAACAGCGCCCAAUCCACACCCAAUGGACAUGGAAAUGCCUGGCAUGCGCAGCAGUCGCAGUCGACGCCGCUGCAUCCAGCAAUUCGGCCACAGUAUGGAACCUGGACGAACCAGCCGCAACGGUCUGCACAAUCUCCAUCCCAACUGGCGCAGCAACAAUCUUCGCAGGCGCCUUCGCAACAGCAGACAGCGCAACAGCUUACUGCUGCUGCUGCUACUCAGUCUCAACCGAACCAGACGAAACUCCAAGCCGCAGCAAAGUCUGCUGCGCCGAAGGUUCAAUACAAGAUUCCCGAGAAGCAAACUCCGGUUCCUUUACCGGCCAAGUACCUUGCAGCUAUGGGCAAGUUACCCUCGGCAGCCACUCCGUCCAAGAGCAGUUCGCAGACGAAUGGGGCAACUUCUCAGGAUCCCAGUCCAUCUCCAGCUUCUGGCCCGGCCAAAGACACUGCCCGCAGCACACCGGCAACUACCACUCAAAGUCCUUCGAGCCAGGCCAGCGCCCCUUCACAGCCAGCGGCGACCUCAAACGGCCUUAUGACGCAGCCAGCGUCUCGGGUCUCUCAGACUCCUGUGCCAGUACCGCACACACCCGUUCCGGCGUUCAACUCUCGGAUGCCAUUCACAAACCAGUCCUCAACUACGGCGUUCCCUCGACAGUCUGCUCAGCCCAGCCAGCCUGCUCAUCACUAUGCUCAGUCAUUCACGGCACCAUUGACACAGCACUUCUCGCAGCCCGUGAGCCAGACCUCCACAGAGCAUCACACUCUGAACCCGGCAGAGAUCCUGGCACAGAUUGCCACGCAGCCGCGCAUGAACCCGCCUACUCCUACGACACCUUCGCACCAGUCGAUGCCGUCACCGGCGCCACAGACUGCUGCCGUACCACCUUACCAGAGCCAUGACUCGACGGCGCUCGUGGAGAGAAUGAUGCAGAACCUCCGCCGCGCCGCAUUCCAAGGCUAA